AUGGGUAACCACAUGACCACAUCCAAGGAACAAGUGAGCCCUGAACAAAAGAAUAUGGACCCCUCAGGGGAACCACCAAAUUCAGAGGUGGGAACAGAGUCUGCCUGCAUCAAGGAAAAGCUGGAUAAUUUGAUAGAAGGCUACCUGAAGUCUACAGAUGCCAAAUACAGUGAAAAACAGGCCUCCGAAGAAACAUUUAAUAAACAGGGAAUCUUAUUUGACCAAAAUGUUCUUAAGACAGUGCAAAAGAAGGUUGAUAAUAAUAAUAAAGAAAUAGUUACUAAUGGAACAAAAGAAAGCAGUAGUGAGACCAUUAAAAAUGGCAGUGAAUGUAGUCAGGAGAAAUCUACCCCUUCUAAGUCAGAGUCUGAAGAAACUUCGUCCAAUGCAGCCUCCUUUGAAAGUAUGAUUGAGCGAGCUUUAAAUGACUCGAUGAAAAAUACUGAGGAGACUUAUGAAAAGACACAUAUUUUAGAAAUGUGUGAUGAAGAUCAUAAAACUCAUCCAAACAGUGACUCCGAUUUCAGAAAGAGUGAAAACAUGAAUGAUAAAGUUGGUGACGACAUGAGUCUUUCUAAAAAGAAUGUCAUGUUUCUGAAAGAUCACAUUGAAAGAGUUUUAGAGAAAAACUUUCCAAGUGUAGGGAGCAAAAAAGAAGACACAAACGAGGAAGGAAAACCACCUGUAAAACCUAAAUCUAAGCAGCCAUUACCCGCCAUAAUGCCAGGACUGACACUCGAGCAGCACAUGCAAAAACUCAUUGACGAGCAUCUGAGUAAGGAGAAUUUAUCUUCUGAGAGUGACUUAGCAACUCAGUCCAAGUCAAGUAGUUCUCUACAAGCAUUGGGUGACCUUAAGAAAAAUGUGACAACAAGCAGUGUUUACGAUUCUGUUGACAGUUUAAAGUACCAAUCUGCAAAUGCUGUUAGCAAACCUCAGCAGAUCGUCCAAUCACAGUCCAAGUGUCACAGUGUAGAGACUGUGGUUGAUCGCAUCAUAAAGAAAGCUGUUAAUGAUAGCUUUCCUCCUCAAAAACCACAACAUCAUCCAAAAGAGCACAGAUGGAAAAACCUACGUGAUGAAAUUUAUAGUGAAUGUGAAUCGGAUCCUCCUAAGAAACGUACUGAUUAUGACACAGUUGCUUUUCAAAAUCAUGUAGAGGAGAACAGGAUGAGAAACCAGGAUAUGAAACAUCCUCAUCAACAGAAGGUGCUGAAUGCUGGGAAGGGGAAUAGUCAUAUGGAUAUGUAUCACACUCCACCCCAGUCUCAGUAUUUCUAUCCUCCCUAUGUGAAACCAAAUCUACAUCAUCCAGCUGCUUAUAAACAGGAGUCUAAGUUUGACAACAAACAUGAAAAUCAGUCAAAAUAUCUUGGAUAUCCAGUAAAGGGUUGUGAGAAAGGUGGAAGGCCAGUGUCUGGUAGUGACAGUUUUCAGAGGACCAGAGUGGAUGUUGGUCCUCGUUCUUCUGUUGGACCUCAUCACAUGCAUGACAUUCAUAUGAUGCCACAUAUGAAUUCACAUUAUCCUCCCUCAGACAAAUCAAAAUACCCUCAUGCAUCUAUGGUCAGAUAUCCAGCUAAACCAAUAGAGGAUUUACAGUCAGGUAUUCCAUCAGCCAUGGCACCAGGUCCUUCACCACCACAACGAUAUUGUCAUCAGAAUUCUCAAUUUCGGAUGCCACAGCUGUAUCCUAACAACCCUCCUAUACCCUCUCCAAGAGAAUAUUUUAACAGUCCCACAAGCACAAAAGACCAUCUCAUGGUGCCUGGUAAUAUGUAUGUAAAUAACAGGAACACAGUUUCCAAGUCACCAGUAAUGUCACGUUCCUCUCCAAAUCACCACCCUCCCUCAUCUCCCAGAAGCCCUCGUCAGCCGAGUCCAUCUGUGUACCAGCAAACUAAGCCAGAGGUGAAGCAAAGCUGGCAGAGACAAGACCUAUCACCAGUUAGUCAAAAUCAUUCACGGAAAAGGGAUUCCUCAGGACUGGAUUUGUCUGUGAAGCAAACAUCACAGUCUGGAAAUGAGGAUCAACCAUUAGAUCUCACUUGUAAGAGGCCAAGAGCCUCACCAUCACAUUUUAAUUCAGGAUAUUCCUUAUACCCAGCUCAGAUUGAAAAGCAGCAUGAUAUAUCCAAAAGUAUACACAUUAGUCAGUUGCAAAACAGCAUGGAUAAAUUUUGUCAACAGGCUAGCACAGACAUGCCUGCAGGCAGAUUACCUCCCCCAGUGAAAGGUCAUGAACAUUUUCCACCUUCUGUAAUGUUGAAUCAUCCACACUGGCCUAAUGUUCCUCACACAGGAAACAAGCAGAAUAUACCACCUGUGGUGCCAAAUCCUGGCCCAGAAAGACCAGAGGUGGUUCGACCUCACCCCAUCCAUCAGCAGCAUUUACCUCGAAUGCCUAUCAGGCCACCUAUUACUAUGCCUCACCAUCUUCCCCAAGAGGCACCAGAGUCCCCAACAGAUUCCAACUCCUCAGGCAUCAAAAGGUCAGGAAGUGUGUCUAGACAUGAACCUAUUCAAAACAUAAUUGGGAACCACUCACCAAGUGACAUUUUAUAUCUCAUUUGUAGACUGUGUAACCAAACCUAUGGAAGUCCAUAUGGAUUUAGAAAACAUUUCAGAAAUCAGCAUGGAUUUGAACCAAGGUCUGAACACACAAUUGUACAAACAAUAUCAGGCACUAAGGCCCUUCAAGCACCUGCCAUUGGACCUCAUUUUGAAAUGCAUGGAAUGAAUCAGAUGGGAAUACCCUCUCAUCCAUCUCCAAACCCAAAAUGUCAGAGCCCAAGGGAGUACUCUUCUCACAGUCAUUCUCCUAACAACUAUGAAAGACCACCCAGUGCUAUGACUCUCAGACAGAGUGCUGGAAAUGUUGGCUAUUCGUCUUCAAAUCAUGAAAACAGAAGACCUGAGAGCAUGCCAAGCAUAACAGUGAGUGAAAGUGCUGUAACUGAUCCUCAGAGACCAAGUCUCAAGCCUGAUGAAAAGUUGGAACAGCAACAAAAAAAUCCCAAAUAUUUGGAGUGCCAUGAAUGUGGACAAACAUUUCAACUCAAUGAUUUUGGAUCUUACAAGAGACAUUGUCGAACACAUGGUAAUCCCAGGAUGGAUCCAUUUAUUGGUGGAAUUAGUGAUAGCUCUGUCCCUCUACAUCCAUCAGAUGACUUUAAAACAUCUAAAACACUGACUAAAGAAGGAGAAACAUUAAUAGAAGUGUGUGUGUGUAAGUAUUGUACAUUCACAAAUAAGCUUAGUGCUCCUCUUGAAGAACACAUUUCCCAACAGCAUCCAGAAAAGCAGAAAAAGCUUAUAUGUAUAUUGUGUAAUGGAAAGUUUCAUCUUUACGAACAGUUCAAAAUACAUAUGGAAAAAAUGCACAAUCUGACUGCUCCAAGUUACUCCCAGUUUAAGUGUCCUGAGACAUCCAUUGAAAAGGAUGAAAAGAUCUUCAUUAAGCAGAAAAGUGAAGGUACAACUGAUGCAGAAUCAUUGAACAUUCCCAGUGACUUGAACAAAAGUUAUAAAGCUAUUCCAGCAUCACAGAUUACCAAAAUGUCUGCAGACAAUGCAAUCACAUCUGCUAGUCCAGACAGCAGUUGUGAUCCCAUCUCUUCCUCUCAAGCAGACAGUCAGACAAAGGGAUUGGUCACAACUUCCCUCAAUUCCACUACUGAGGUCAAAUCAGGUCAAAAGUCCCAACCAGAUGUUGUCUCAAGACAAAUCAGCUGUGAUUCAGAGUCUGAUAAAUCCAUGGAUUAUACUGAAAUGAAGUACCUUCAUAAGAAAUUCAAAAGAAAAGCAUUUUCAUCAGAGAAAAGUGAGAGUCCUGAUAGUAAGAAAGCAAAAACAUCCUCUGGUGUUGAUAGUCCCUGCUCUAACUCCUGUGCAAGUCUGGACUCUGAUUCUAAUUCUGUUCAAAUGAAAGAGGAUUCUGAAGGCUCAUGCACAGAUGUUUGUCAAAAAUCAUUGAGCAAAGGAAAGCUGGAUAGCACAUCUGCUGCAGAGUCGACUCAGAGUGAGGCUAGACACCAUCUUCCAUUUGUGUGGGAUAGAAUUACUCGGAGCCAAGUAGGGAAAACUGUGAAACCAGCAAAAUAGGUUCCAUAAAAACGGUCUACAAAACUGUGACAUGCCAAAAUUUUCAUUGAAGAAAAAGGUGCUAGAUCGUGUCAUUUUUUUUUUUCAAAUUGUGCUAAGAGAGAUAACUCAAGUUUUGUGUUCAGAUUGCUCACAGCUAGAACCGAGUGAACGUUCAUCCUUAGAUGAUUUAUAGGUAGAAAAUUUUGUGUGUGUUUUUUUUUUCAUUUGUUGAUCAAAUGAAUUUUAUAUGAAUAUUAAAUGUAAACCAAUUCUGCCAAGUUAGGCAAGCUUGAAGCAUGUAAAUAGUGACUAGCUUUCAUUGUAAUUCAGAUAGAGAGGUACACAUGAGAAAAUUCUUCAUUCAAAGAAUAAUGACUAGUUAUUGCAUUUUUUGUGUUAUUGGAGUAUGUGCAUGUAUGAAACCAAUUCUCUAAGAAUUAACAGGGGUUAAGUCAAGUGUUAAGUGAGUAACAUGAUGUAUUAACUCAGGUGUUUAGGAAACUUAACUACUGGUAAAUGGUUUUUCUUUUUUUUUUUUCAAGUACCGGUAGAUUUUUAAAAGAAGUUGUUACUGUUUGGUUUUUAACAUUGCCAACAAAAACUGCGCUAAUAUGGCAUCUUUGAUGAAAAGUUUUUUUCUUAAAAACUUUUUAGGGUUUAAAAAUCAAUGUACAAAAAUCUUUAUUCCAAACUCCUUUCUCAUUGUGCUAAUGUAACCGUCCAUUAUUUUUUAUAUGUUUGUUUGCUUGUUUUGUUGAGUGACUUAGUGUUAAUUUUCACUGUACAUUUACCCAACAAUAAGGUUAAUUGAUUGUGUCAAACACAAUAACAUGUUUCGUCAUUCAUUUACACUACCAGACUUGAACAUUUGUGCUUGAGAAUUAGGUCUAAUGUAUUAUUAUAGUCAAUAGCGCUGGUAAAACUGUGGAAAAAUGUUAUGUCUCAUCCUGAUUCCACGUACCCUGGAAGACAGCUUUUUCUUCUUUUUUUUUUUUUGUCCAUGCUUUCUUUGUUAUGUUUUUAUUUUAUGGCUGCCAUUAAAUGGCAAUGUAAUCUAAGAUCCCUAAGGCAUUGUUUUAUCAAGAGAUUGUGAACUAGUUAUGUUUGCCAGGAUUGUUUGUGAUGAGUAUAUUCAUUUUUGUUUUCUUUUUUUUUUAAUGUGUUAUGUGUGAGGCCUUGCCAGUUAAAUGUGAGCCUUACGAUAGUUACUGCCCCUUGUUAUACAUAUAUAUUGUAGGUAUUUGAAUAAGAUUUUAAUUUCAUUACAUAAAUGUCUCUCAGCAUAAUAGAACUUUGUGUGGAUGAACCACCACAAAAAAGUGUUCCAUGUCAUGUCUGCAAUAGGAAAAAAAAAACAUUCUGUUUAAUAUUUGACAUUAUUUCAAAAUACUCUGUAUGGAAAAAGUGAUAUUACUCUUUCUACAUCAGGGCAUGAAUUACAAAAAUGGCUGAUUAAAUUAUCAAUCAACUCACUGUAGAUCAUCUGUGGAAAUGCAGACCAUUUGAUAGAUUAAAUAAUCACAUUAAAGAAGAAAAUGUGACGUAAAAUUUAUGUACUCGAUAUUCGAGAUCUUAAUGAAUCUGAAUAGCAUAUUUGAAUUUUAAUUUCUUCAGUCUAUUUUUCUGGACUGAUGUUUAAUAUGUUGUAAAUUGUUACAGAACUGAAAAUAAUGGAAGUUCAUGAAAGUAUAUUAUUUGGUUCAAUUUAAACAAGCAUUAUAAGAAUUGUUUCUGUGACAUAUAUUGAAAUAUCUUUUUGGUUAUCUAUUGCUAGUCAUGAUGACAUUUUAUAAAGGAAAGAUUUUAUUAAUGAGUUCCAUUAAAGAGAUUUUCCUUGCCAAAAGUGUACUACAAAAUGUUACUUCAUUGUAAAUAUAAGAAAAGUAUCAGGGGUUCGUUGUACAAA